UAUUGUAAUUAAAGUCAAUAAACAUUCAUUUUAAAAAUAAAGACCAUCCUAUAUUCUUGCCUUAGUCUCUGUCUAUUCUUCCCAGCUCGUUAUAGCUCUUAAAUGCGGAUCAACUUUGAGUCGCAUUAGAAGAACAAUUCUUGAAACUGUUUUUAAUCAAUUCUCUUCAGAACCCAAAAAAGAAGAAAAUGUUUGACGGGUUGUUGAAAAGCAAAUUCUACUCCAAAUGCAAAUCGGCAAUUAAGAUGACGAAAACUCGGAUCGAGAUUAUACGCAAGAAGAGAAAUGCAAUGCAGAAGUAUUUGAGGAAUGAUAUUGCUGAUCUGCUUAAGAAUGGAUUAGAUAAUAAUGCCUAUGGCAGGGCGGAAGGACUUCUGGUUGAGUUGAACAAAUCUAGCUGUUACGAUUUGAUUGAGCAAUUUUCAGUUUUUAUCUCGAGUCAUCUCGCAGCCAUGGCUAAACAGAGGGAAUGUCCCGAAGAGUGCAGGGAAGCUGUAUCGUCUUUGAUGCAAGCAGCAGCAAGAUUCGCUGACCUGCCGGAAUUGAGGGAGCUGAGAACUGUCUUUUCUGAGAGAUACGAGAAUUCUCUGGAUGUUUACGUCAAUAAAGAGUUUGUUGAGAUGUUGAAGUUAUCUCUUCCAUCAAUGGAUAUGAAGCUUCAAUUAAUGCAAGAUAUAGCAGUACAUUCAGGCUUAACAUGGAAUUCAGAAGCUUUGAAAAAUAAGCUUUAUAAUGUGGCUGCCUCUAUCCAAGAUUUCACCAAGGAAACCAAUGGUAGUGAUUACAGUCUUCACAACGGGGUGAAUGGUUCAGUUCAAAAUAAAGGCUGCAGGGACAUUGAGAACCCGAGAGAAUGUACUGCUCCCGAGAGGAAAGAUGUCCGUUCAUCUUAUGGAGAAAAGGAAGCUACGAAAGAGGAACACAGAUUACCUAGGAGAAAGGAAAAUGCCGGGCCUCAAAAAGACAACAUAGUUCGUCCACCAGUUGUUACACCUCCUAUUGGAAGAAACGAGGUGCGAAAUCAACCAGGUACCCUGAGAAGUACUUAUGAGGAAAAAGUCGAGAAUGAAAAGCCUGUUAACUUUAAAUCGAUUGCUCCUCCUUAUACCAAAUCGGAAAAUGACAACGAAAAGAUUAGCGACACUGAUGAUUCAGUUGGUGAUGCUAAGCCGAAGCCAAGAUCCGUCAGGAGUAGACAAAUUAAAAAACUGCCAUCGGCUCUUGAAAAUGUUGGUGGUUCCGAAAGUAACAACAGUGUAAAUCAAGACAAAGCAGCCCAUGGACAAAGAAUUCUAAAGUUCUUAGACAAGGGUGACCAACGAGACAACGAAGAAAGAGCGAUGGACAAGCUUUUAUUUCACUACAGUCGGAAAAAGACACCUCACGACAUGGACGAUUCAGCCUCAGCUCAUAAGCCGCCCCGUCAGCUUGCUGCCACGGAAAAAAGCAAAUCAUCUAAACAUGGAAACAGAGAUGCUCCAAACAGAAUGUCUUCGCUUCCUGUAGAAUUAACAACUUCAACCAAGAUUCCAAAAAGACACGUCCGGGCCACGUCCCUCCAGCCUGAAAUACUGAGUGCAAACGGGCACGUGCACCCUAAGUUGCCGGACUAUGAUGAUUUUGUUGCCAGACUUGCAGCUUUUAGAGGAAAUUGAUGCAGUAGAAACACAAAAAGAGUCUCCAUUCUCAUUUUAUGGUACAUUUUUUUCUAUUCGAUUUAAAGCAUGGUUUAUACUUAUAAGAGGUGACAUCAGUAGGAAGUACACUAGUUAUAGAGUAAUCUUCGUUUACUUUUGAUUGUACUAUAAACCAUUUGUUCUGUAGGCCAGUGUAACCAUUCAGAAAGUCAUAUUCUUUUCAUUUUUUCCA